UUUCAGGAGUCACUGGAUGAGGUUCUGUGGCCUGCAAUGUGGAGGAUGUCAGACUAGGUCAUUAUGAUGGUCUCUUCUGGUCUAUGUGACCGUGGUGCCUGGAGGGGCCAUGCUCAAUCAGGGCAAACUGCAAAUUAUGGGGUAGACGAUUCCCAAAACUGGUGGUUUAUUCUAAUAAUUAGAUUCACCAAGCCAGCAACAAAACAGCUACUACAACACCUUACUGGUUAUCAAGAAACUAAAGCAUAGAUCUCCUGGCCUUCCUCCCAGACAGACAAGUCAAAUAUGAUGAGAAUUAUUUUAAAUCUUGUUCAUUAUAUAUAAAGUUCUGCCAGUCCCACAUCUCCCACCAGAUCCAUAAGUAUUUCCGAUCAUACCCAAAUACACGCUUACAGCCAAUUCUUAUAAACUAAACUAAGGUUUACCUAAAAAGAGAAGAGACAGUAUUGCGGAUAAAAAAUUGUUAUACAUACAGAUAUGGAGAAAGUUCUUAGGUCUGUUUCAUAACAGAGAUGGUGAGCUUGCUAAUUUCUAGAAAGUAUUAACAGAAUCAAUUCCAUAGGUUAUAGUCCAAUAGGCCAUCCACGUGCAGCGUUUGUUCAAAUCCUUCCAUAAGAAUUUGCAGGGACAGUCCAGGGUACCUGGAGACCUCAGUCUUGUGACUUAACUUUCUGCUGACGAAGCUUAAGCAGAUCUGAGAUGAAAAAAGGAUCAGGUCCCAAAGUUCUUUUUUCUCUCUCUCACAGGUUAGGAUAGUUUCUUGACAGCAGGUAACAGUGGGUAUCCCUUGGAGGAAAAAUAGAUAAUACAAAUUGUGGCUUUUGAAGCAAUAUUCCUAUUUCUUAUGUAUACACAGGUCAUUAGUUGCAUCUAUUAGCGUAAGGCAAUUUACCAGUCAAAUAUUCACAGGUAGUUUACUAUAAACUUCAAAGAGAAAUAAAGGCAAUGAUAUUAUUGCACCCAAGUUUCACCUAAUGCUAAUAUUGCCUUUUGAUCUGUGCAUCAAUAGAAUAUAGUAAUGAAAUAUUAUAGACGGGAACCGAAGCUUAGCAUCUACAUGCUCAUUAGAUAACUUUUUAAACUCCCAACAGAUAUAGAGAAACAUAGACAAAUACAAUUAGUAUUAACUUCUAAUUCUCUGACAAUAUAGGUUUGCAUUUCAAAGGAUUUAGUCCACUUACAUGGCUUUGAUAACUAUCGACAAGAAAUGUUCCUGUAGGCCAUUUCAGUACUUCUCUAAUAUGUUUUCAAAGGUUGAUCUUGGGUCACUUAGCCUGCUGGUUGUUUAACCCUGGCUGGCCCAGUGUCUAUGAAAACGAAAUGCCAGAGUUAUGUGCACUGGAUCUCACCAGCGAACUGGUUUUAAUACUUGGUCAAUCUAAUUAAUUACUGUAUUUAGUUUCUCUUUCAUAGGAAUUAAAUGAUUUCUGUUUCCUUGUAACAACAAACUUUGGGCGCAAAUUUCAUUUAGCAAUAGAUACUGCAAAGUUAGGGAGCAACUACACAGAACUAGAGCUUGGCCAACUUUUUAUUGCUACUGGUUCAAGACAGUUGGGUACAGUGCUGAUUUACUAUAAUUUCACAUUUACAGGCAAAAAACCAAUUGGAUUGUUCCUCAGCAGCAUAUUCCUCCAUUUUGUUCUGCAGUAACGUUUGGGAGAAUCAGUUUAGUUCUUAUUUUCCCUGACUGAGAGAGCUGUGAAGUGAGCAUGCUCAGCCCCUGCAGGGCAGCGAGGGCUAGAUCCAAAAAUAAGAGAUCAGCUCAGCAUUGCACCACCUAACUGCUAGGUGCCCUGCUGCCCCGUGGGAUCCUCAGCCCUGUGUGAGCUGCCCAGGGUCCCUACACAAUGCAGGGGGAGAGAGUGGCACGUAGAAAUGGGAUCCACAAAAGCCAGCAAGCUGAGUCGGGAGUUGGCUAGGCUAGCAGGAGGAAGUGCUGAGGAGAGGGGAUGGUCAAAGCCCCUCACUCAAAGGUCGUUAGGUACCUUAACUCCAGGGUGGAGGGAGGCUCCUAUCUCCACUUGGGAUGCUGAGUUGUCAUCUCUCACCUGGAGCUGGGUCCCUAAGCCAGGGCAGCCCUUUUCCACAAAAAAACAUAGAGGAGAAGGCCAAUAGGCCAGUGAUUAGAGCACUGAGUGGGGUUGUGGGAUACUGAAGUUCAAGUUCCCACCUUGUCUGAUUUGUAGUCGAGAUGUGAACCUAGGUAACUGCCCUCACCAGUGGGCUACUGGGUAUUCUAGAGUGGGGCUCUGUUGUUGAAGCUUUUCCACUUUGGAUGAAACAAUUAAAUAUUCAGUUAGCAGCGAGAGACUGACUCUAUAACCUUGUGGUGAGCUCACUCCCCUGGGAGACCCUUAAGUGCCUGCCGUAACUGUAUGUUUGUUCAGUGUGUUUGUCAAGACACUGAGCCCAAUCCUGUUAUUGUGGAAGUCAAUGGUAAAAUUCCCUUUACACUCACUGGGCUCUUUCUGUAACAUUCUCUUUAUGUUCUUCCUAAUGUUUGGAGCUAUUAUCUAAACUCAUUGCUGUCAUUUCAUGGUUUGCAUUUCCUGACUGAUGGAGGCUGACAAGAUCUGACCCUGGAAGUUGCACCCUUGAUGUCCUGCUAGUAUUUUGAAAGUCACUUUCCCAGAUCCUGCUCAGUGAUGGAUUCCUUAUUUCCUUCAGUGACAACUAUUCAGUUACUGAUUUUUCUACAAAUACCCCACCUGGCUACAGGCCAGUUUACAAUCCAUACCCCUGAUAAUAUUGUCAUUGGAGUCGCUGGAGAAGAUGCUAUCCUGCCUUGCUACCUGUCAUCUCCAAGGGUCCCUCUGAGCACUGGUGUCCAGUGGACACUUGCAAGACCGCUGGAGAGAAUAGAAGUGACCUUCUAUAAUGGAGGAGCACAAACAGAAAGGCAGGGUGAGGGAUACCAGGGCCGAACGGAGUUCUUCACAUCUCAGCUGAGCAAAGGAAACCUCUCCCUGAAGCUGAAGAACAUCCAGGUCACCGACAAAGGGAAAUAUGCCUGCCAGGUUGAUGUCUCAGACUGGCAUGGAGAAGCCUACAUUGAACUGGAUGUGACAGCUCCCUAUAGAAUCCUUCCUAGCAACCCGGUUAUUGGAGUCAUUGGAGCAGAUGUUAUCCUUCCAUGCCAGCUCUCAGUCACUAAGUUACCUGGAAGCUUCGAAGUGCAGUGGAAGCUGUUUAGACCAGCAGUAUUAAUCCAUGAGGUCUCCUAUAAUGGAGGAAACCAGACAGAAACCCAAGGGGAGAGACAUCAGGGUCGAACGGAGCUGUCCAUCACUGAAAUGACUCAGGGAAACUUGUCACUGAAACUCAAGCAUGUCCAGAUCUCUGACAAAGCAGAAUAUGUCUGCAGCCUGGAUUCUGGGAGCUGGUAUGAUGAGACGGUAGUUGAACUGGAUGUGACAGGCCGAUUCAAAAUCUUUCCCCCAAGUAACCCUGUUAUCAGGGCAAUUGGAGAGGACGUGGUCCUGCCCUGCCAGCUGUCAGCCACCAUUAUCCCUGCAAGCAUCACUGUCCAAUGGAUCCUCAUCCAGCCCUCUAGGAAACCAGUCAAAAUCUUCAACAACAGAAGGUUCAUUGAGGACCGGCAGGAUGAGAGAUCCUGGGGUGGUAUGGAGCUCUUCAGCACUGAGUGGACGAAGGGGAACAUGUCUCUAAAGCUGAACAAUGUCCAGCUCCCAGACAGAGGGAAAUAUGUCUGCAGUGUGGCAGCUGGGGACUGGUACGACAAGGUGGCCAUUGAGCUGGAGGUGACAGGACCCCAGCUCUGCAAAAGAAGGAAGACCUGGUUCAGCAGAAGCUAUGUGGAUAACAGAGAGGGAAUGGCACUUUCUUCUGCUGGCCAUCAAAGGCUAGAUCCACAAAGGGGACUUGGACUCAGCUUUGCAGAACCUCCCUCCUAGGUGUUUUACCACUUAGCGGAAUCCAUAAGCCCAAGUUAGGCAUCAGGCCGCUACGCAGGCAGGGGGAGAGUUAGGCACCUAAGAAUGGGAUCCACAAAACUCAGCAGGUUCAGUGGGGAGCUGCCUAAGCUACUCAAUGGGAGACACCAAGGAGAGGGGUUUGUUCUACCCAUCAAAGGGAGUUGGUGCCUCAGCUGGGUCAGCAGAGGACAUAAUUCCUCUCCUUCAACCUAUGGGAUGGCCGGCUCCAGGGCUCUCUCACUCUCUGCUGUUGAAGCUGUUCUACUGUGUAUAAAUAAUUAAAUAGCCAUUGGACCAUGCACUUGAAUUCUGGGGGUCCCAUAUUGUGACUGAGUGCGCUAACCCAUCACAACCAUCUCUUCCUCAGGCUGUUUUUAGUUCAGGGCCUGAUCCUGUAGGUGUGUUCUGGUGGGAUAGGUGGGGGGAAACCAGAUUUGAGGAUCAUGCUGGGACCUGGACAUGAGUUAGGUGCUGGGCACCAGAGCUGAGAUGGGUGUGCAAAUGCUCACAACCAGAAAUGUAGGCACCUAGGAUACUUCAUCAGCAGACAUGUAAAUACCUGAGGAGAAUUCCGUCACCUACAGGGUUAGGCAGUGGCUCAGUGCGGGUUUUGAGGGUCUAGAUUUUGGAGUCAGGAGCCUAAAGUGCCAGUAAAGCCCCUAAAUCGCUGUGUUGAUCUAGCGCUGAGACUUUCUGUAAGCACAGUCCCCACCUAUCUGCCUGUGGAAAGGAAACCUGAUGCUGCUGCCCUCCUAGGAACCAAGAAUGCCUGUCAAACUCACAGGAUGGGAGACUCUAUCCUAGGAAGCAAUGACUCAGAUAAAGAUUUGGGGGUCGUGGUGGAUAAUCCACUAAACAUGAGCUCCUAGUUGUACUCUGUGACCAAAAGGCCUAAUGUGGUCCCGGAAUGGAUAAACAGGUGAAUCUGGAGUACUAUAAAUGGGGUCAGCAUAGAUCAGUGGUUCUCAACCUUACCAGACUACUGUACCCC